UUGGCUCUCACUCUCUCUCUCUCUCUCUCUCCGUCUCUCCCGCUCUCCUCCCUCCCCCUCUCCCCAGUCCCCGUCCCUUGAUGGUCGGACUCGCGGAAUCGAUUGUUUCAGCGCCGCAAUUAAAAACGAUUUUUUCUCCCCGAUGCCUCCGAAACGCCGCAUCUACCUAUAAUUUUCUGCUCGGGUAUCCUAAGACAAAGCAAGCCGAGGGUAACUCGUCUUCUCGCGCUCGUCGUAUUUUUAGAUCCGCGCGCGAGUGUUUUUUUCCGCGACCACGCGAGUACGCUGCUCCGAUCGGAUAUUGAUAAAAAAGAAGAAGGAUUUUCGAAAUUGCCCACUUCGCGCACCGCGAGAACUGCCUGCUUAAGUGCACAACGAGAACGCGACCCCGUCGAGGGGCGACUUUCACAUCGGAGCUAAAAUUAGAUGUCGAAAAACAAGACCAAAAACGCUACACGGAAAUGACACGCCACAUGGGGCUCCACGAGUUGCAGCGCUAUAUAGCUCGGGCUCUCUCUCUCUAUAUAUAUGUGUGUGUGUGUGUGUGUGUGUGUUUCGGUUUUCAUGUACGCUGCGGCCUAUGUGUGUUGUAUAUUUACAUACGGGAGCACGUGAACGCUCCGAAGCGAGAGCUUUUGACAACACUCGCGCUUUCCGCAUCGAUUUUUCUCAAGCCUCUAUAGGCGACGCUACCAUGCGCCGAGUAUAAAGCUCUUCGACUCGCCGCCGAGCAGGAGCUGUGGGAGGAAUCUCGCUUAAAUUCAAUUAAUCCGUCGAUCCUCCCGAGCGAACGAAAAAUAGCGAGGCCGAGCGCAAUUAGUCAAUUUUUCGCAUCGAUCAGAGCACGUCAUCGCGCUCUGUCUCCCUCUCGCUCGCUCGGCUUACGUAACGGCGCGACGGAAUCCAAUUUUCGAAGCGAUUCGACUAACCCCAGAGAGGGAAGCCAAGGCUGUAAUUGCGUCAAUAUACCAAUUCGGCAUUACAAUGUCGAUCAAUUGAAUUCCUUAUUCUCGGUCCGUUUCGCAGCGUUUCCCGUUCAGCUCGCUCGGCCUCUCGAGUCUCGCCGCCCCGCCAGUCGUCGGCAACGCGAGUCCCUACAUUUUUCAAAGUCUAUAGGUACUAAUGCACUAUAUAUCGCGGAUAAAGAGAUAUAUCUCGUAUAUCAUAUAUGGCCUACCUGCGCGCCUGCGUACAGCCCAAGUUUCUGGCUCUGCAGCAAUUGCCCCGAUUGCCCAGACCUCGUACGUCGAAGUUAUGGGAUGCGUAUAUGUAUGGUAGGUAUACUAUAGCUACUACUGUGCGGCGCUGCUAUAGUCGGCGACUCGGCAGUCGGCUCAGUCGGCAGUCGGCUGUCGGAAAUCCUCGCUCGCGGCUCGAACGCGACUGACGCUCUCCAAGACACUCACCACCAUCGAGGCGAGCUUAUUUCCGACGCUUCUUUCCAUACGUUUUCUAGUUCGAGUUGUAUUCGUUGACUUGGUUAGUACAGUGAGGUCGGGGGCCGCCGACCUGCACAGGAACGGAAGGGUCGAUGCUGUACAACUGCAGCUGAUAAGGGGCAGAGCCCAUCGUCGCACGUUUCGGUCAAUAGCGGAUUCUGUCGAGUUCUUUUCUGCAAAUCGUCGAGUUCGACAAUUUUCAAGAAAAACUCGCCGCAACAAGGACCAGCAACUGCUGCUAUAAAGGGCCGUCGUUCGAGCGAGAUUCACUGCCUACGCUUUUUCUGUGAAUCAAAACUCUGCGACUGCUUACGUUAUUGACUCUCCAGAAGUUCCCAACAAAUCAACAAAUAUGACGAACAUGCCUGCGCACGGCGGAAUGAACCAUUCCAUGAAUGAUCCAGUGACAAGAGCUGUUGUGGACAAUAUUAUGGGAAACCUUCCCACGAAAAGGCCACAGGUACGAUGUCAUGAUUGUGAUCUUGACUUUACAAGUCAAGUUGUACUCGAUGCUCAUCUUCAAGGUGCUCGACAUGCUAAGCAGAUUCGAUCUAAGACAAUUCUUGCUACCUUAGAAGAAACCAAUGUGGCCUUUAGUAAAGAUCAAGAAACCAAUGGGUUGAAGUGCAAUCCUUGUAAUGUAUACUUAAACUCAAUACAGCAGCUUCAAACUCAUUUAAAUGGAAAUCGCCAUAAGAAGAAAAUAGCUAAAGGUGACUGGAUUGGAAAGGAGAUUGUUUCAAGAAGUAAUCAUCUGGAAAUGCAAACAUCCAACCCACCUGCGAGUGUUUCAAAGCAAGCAGCGCUACUCAGUUGUCCACCCUGCAAUAAGUUCUUCAAUUCUGAGUCACAAUUAAAUGUGCAUCUUGCAUCGCAGAAACAUAUAGAUAAAAUACAUAACAUCAAAGUUAUAAAAAAGAAGCGGUAUCAUCCAUAUUGGAAAAAAGGUGGCACCAAAGAAGGCCCUAGUCGGAUACCAUUGGCAAACAAUUUUGUUUCAGGUGGCUAUCAUUCCACUUAUCCAUAAAAAUUAUCUUUAUUAGUUGAAUUCAAAUGACGAUUUGUACGACGUAAAAUGAAUAUCGGAAUUACAAUUAUGUACUUAUAGCAUAAGAAAUUGAAGCUUACUACGUAUUAUAAUUAUUCUUUUUGUAAUACUAUAAUCUCAAUUUACAGAACUUUACAGAAGCUCCAUAAUUUGUACUGGCUUUUGUGGUAUUAUUUGUUGAUUGUUUUUAUAUCGAUUAUUAAUAUCUUCAAACUAGAUGCAAUAAUGCAUUCUGAAUUCUCUUCAGCUUAUACAAAUAUUAAACCUUAAUAAAUUAAGUUUUAUCGAAAAGAGAAA